AUGUCUAUCCGCUAUCUCACAGCUAAGCUUGCCCAGCAAAUCGAUGAGGAACUCAUGAGUACGACCGGAGCGUUCAGCCUCGAUCAGCUCAUGGAGCUCGCCGGUCUCGCGUGCGCGCAGACCCUUGCGACAGUGUAUAGCAGGGAGAAAUACCCGCGGGUGCUUGUGUGUUGUGGUCCGGGGAAUCAGGGCGGUGAUGGGCUUGUUGCUGCUAGGCAUCUUGGCAUGUUUGGAUAUAAGGCAACAAUCUGGAUGCCUAAGCCGGGAUCUAAGGAGAUCUACCAGCGGUUGAAAGCACAAUGCGACAACAUGAAGAUCCAGACCUUGGCGCCCUCCUCAGACACCGAUAGCUUGCGCGACGCCCUCGCCCGUUCAGACGUCGUCCUGGACGCAAUCUUCGGCUUCUCUUUCAAGCCGCCCGUCCGUGCGCCCUUUGACACCGCCCUCCCUCUCAUCUCUUCUUCCGGGCUGCCCAUCGUCUCGGUGGAUAUUCCGUCGGGUUGGGACGUCGAGAAGGGCAAUGCCGAGGGGGUCGGGCUCAACCCUGACGUCCUCAUCAGUUUGACUGCUCCGAAGGAGGGAGUACGGCACUUUGCUGGCAAGCACUUCCUGGGAGGCAGGUUCGUGACAAAGGCUAUGGAGGAGAAAUUCUCCUUGAGCCUCCCAGCGUAUCCUGGGUUCUCGCAGAUCGUGGAGCUGCCUCGCGCUGAAAGCCCGCAGAAGUUAUGA